AUGGCUGCGUUGGCUGCGCUUCUCCCAAAACCCCUUCAUGCUUCAGCUGUUUCGGACGACGAAGAUCGAGUCCUACCUCAACGCCCUGCUCAGUCAACAUCCACGGUCAUUAUUCGAAGCGUGGUACCACCAUAUGGGCAGCGUGCUGAUUGGAAACCGACUUCUCCUGAGGACUUUGGUGAUGGUGGCUCAUAUCCGGAGUGCCAUGUUGCUCAGUAUCCUCUGGGUAUGGGCAAGAAGAAGGCUUCAUCUGGAAACACAUUGGCCCUGCAAGUCGACAGCGAGGGCAAUGUUCGAUACGAUGCUAUUGCCCACCAAGGCCAACGAGAGGGCAGGGUUGUUCAGUCCCAGUUCAAAGAUCUCGUUCCGCUCGCCUACCGGAAAGACCUCGAGGAUAAAGACCGGACACUGGAGCGGCCCUCAGAAGAUGAAGUCCAGGAGACGGCAGACAAGACGAGAGCGGCCUUGGAGAAAAUUGUCAAUGGCAAGAUUAAAGCAGCCCAGCCCAAGAAUGUGCCUGACAGUCAAGGAAAGACGUCCUUCAUACGGUAUACACCAGGGCAGCAGAGCGGGGAGGGAGGGCUGAAGCAGCGGAUUAUCAAAAUGUCGGAAAUCGUGGAGGAUCCCCUGGAACCACCUCGGUUUAAGCACAAGAAGAUUCCCAGAGGGCCUCCAAGCCCCCCGCCUCCUGUUCUUCGUAGUCCUCCACGAAAAGCCACGGUUGCUGAACAGAAGGAAUGGAUGAUUCCUCCUUGCAUUUCGAAUUGGAAGAACAACAAGGGUUUCACGAUUCCGUUGGACAAGCGUCUGGCCGCUGACGGACGAGGGCUGCAGGAUAUACACAUUAAUGACAACUUCGCCAAAUUUUCAGAAGCCCUCUACGUCGCUGAUCGACAUGCACGAGAGGAAGUCCGUCAACGCGCCCAGAUGCAACAAAAGCUGGCCCAGAAAGAGAAAGAGGCGAAGGAAGAGAACCUCCGCUUGCUGGCCCAACGUGCACGCGAAGAACGUGGUGGCAUUGCACCCAAACCCACUGCUCAAAGCCAAGCCGCUAUGAAAUCUUCUCUGGCUGCCUAUGGUAGCGGCAGUGAAAGUGGCGAUGAGUCGGAGGCGUCAGAGGACAGCGCGGAAGACGAGGAAGCGCGUAAGAUUCGAGACCAGAUGAGGCAGGAGAAGAGGAGGGAACGCGAGCGGGAGAUGAGAAUGAACAACAUGGGCCAGGAACAGCGUGCCAAGAUGCUCGCCAGACAGCAAAACCGCGACAUCUCGGAGAAGGUUGCCCUAGGAUUGGCGAAGCCCACGAUGUCGAAAGAGUCGAUGCUCGAUUCGCGGUUGUUCAACCAGGAAUCGCUGUCUGGCAACUUUGCGGACGACGAGGCGUACAAUCUGUAUGACAAGCCUCUGUUCCAUGGCUCGACGGCUGUUGCUGCCAUCUACAAGGCGAGAGGAAACAUCACCGAGGGCAAUGAGGAAUCAUUCGGUGGAGGCACUGAGGAGGGUAUUGGAAAGGCUCUCGACCAAGACCGCUUCAACCUCGGACGUGCAAAGGUUGGCUUCGAAGGUGCAAACGAGCAAGAAGUGAGGGAAGGGCCAGUUCAGUUCGAGAAGGAUACUGGUGAUGUGUUCGGUCUGAACCAAUUCUUGGACGAAGCUAAGACCGGCAAGAAGAGAGGUCUGGAUACCGAGGCCGGUGGUUCACGGAAACGUCAACAACUGGAAAGGGCUUCAGAACGAGAGUAA